AUGGCUUUAGUUCGAGAUCCAUGUUUCUGGAAACGCUUCUCAACUGCAGUCCACAUGGACGAAGAAUCUAAAGCAGUUAAUCAGGGAGCACACGCGAAGCACGACGCGGCAUCAUGGCUUUCUCGUGAGCGACGAAAGAGCAAACGUUCAAUUAUCUGGGGCUGUGUCAUUUUCCUCGCUGUGGUGCUCAUCAUCAUUGUCAGCGUGGUUCUAUCGUGGCUUGCUAAGAACAAUUGGCUCCAGCCUCGAUUAGAUGUCACUAAAUAA